AUUGUUACUACUGUUAAUAAUUGUGCUGAUGGAUAUCGGGGAGGACAGAGUGAUCGCGCUGGUGGACAUGGAUUGCUUCUAUGUGCAAGUGGAGCAAAGAAUCAAUCCCGAGCUCAAAAACAAGCCCUGCGUUGUUGCGCAAUACAAGACAUGGAAAGGCGGAGGCAUUAUAGCAGUGAGUUAUGAGGCCAGAGCUCAUGGGGUCAGCAGGAACAUGUGGGCGGAUGAUGCCAGGAAGCUGUGUCCUGAUCUACAGGUGGCCCGAGUCAGAGAGGCUCAUGGGAAGGCUGACCUCACCCCUUACAGGGAGGCCAGUGUGGAGGUGAUCGAGGUGAUGUCUCGCUUCGCUGUCAUAGAGAGAGCCAGCAUCGAUGAGGCAUACAUGGACCUCACCGGCAGCGUGCAGGACAGACUGAAGCACAUGAGCGUCCAGGACAUUACGCCGCAGCAGCUGAAAAGCACCUACACUCAAGGCUUUCCACAGACCAGCACCAGUGAUCCGAGUGAGGACGCAGCGAUAGAUAAAGAGGAGCGGCGGCUCCGGGGCCUGCAGCAGUGGCUGGAGCGUCUGUCCUCCAGCGGUCAGUCCUCGCGUGCGGAGCUGUGCUUGACGGUCGGCGCUCUGAUCGUGGAGGAGAUGAGGGCCGCUGUGGAGGAACACACUGGAUUCCGCUGCUCCGCCGGCAUCUCGCACAACAAGGUAUUAGCCAAACUAGCAUGUGGUUUAAACAAGCCCAAUCACCAAACAGUUUUGCCACUGGGAUCCGUUCCAGAACUCUUCAGCACCCUUCCCAUCAGGAAAAUUCGUAAUCUGGGAGGGAAGCUGGGGACGUCCGUCAAGGAGACUCUGGGGGUGGAAAACAUCGGAGAUCUCACUCAGUUCAGCAAGGUCCAGCUGGAGCAGCACUUUGGAGAGAAGACUGGGCCGUGGCUGUACGACUUGUGCCGAGGGAUCGAGUUUGAGCCCGUGAAGCCUCGACAGCUUCCCAAAUCCAUCGGCUGCAGCAAGAACUUUCCAGGAAAAACCUGUUUGGCUACACAAAAGCAGGUGCAGCACUGGCUUCAUCAGUUGGCCCUCGAGUUACAGGAAAGACUGAACAAAGACCGAGAUAUGAACGGGCGGGUGGCCAAACAGCUGACGGUGGGCAUCCAGCAGGCUGGAGAUCGGAGUUUUUCUCGCUGCUGUGCUCUUGUUCGAUACGACGCUGUGAAGAUGACCUCAGACAGCCUGGCCAUCAUCAAGAGCCUCAACACCGCAGGAAGCCACCAGGAGGCAUGGUCUCCUGCUUUGACUUGUCUUCAUCUUUCAGCCAGUAAGUUCAGCGAUGUUCCCUCAUCCUCGUCCGGAGGAAUAGCAGGCUUCCUGUCCAGUGACGCACCUUCAACACAAUCGCGUCUAGCCUCUACACAAACCCCCAAAACACAGCCGAGCCCCAAGAGCCCGGGGGCCAUCCAGUCUCUGUUUGAGAAAGCCGCUGAGAAGAAGAAACGGCGAGUGGAGGAAGGUAGUAAAGAUGAACAUGUGUCAUCCAGUCUUCCUCAGAAAGCCACUGGCAUCUCUUCCUUCUUCCAGAGAAAGAAGCUUCAGCUGGCAGACAGCAGCUCAGUACUGGCUGAAGACCGGAGCGAUUCGGCUCGAUGUGAGACGGCCUCUCCAUCUGGUGCGUCCCGUGAGGAUGUGAGCGUGUGUGAGCGCUGUGGACUGAAGGUGCUGGUCUGGGAAAUGCCUGAACAUAUGGACUAUCAUUUCGCUCUGGACUUGCAGAAGUCGUUCUCGUCCUCCUCGGCCUCCAGCGACGGGCCCGUGACGGCCGGAGCGCCGCAGUCGUCCCGUGAGAAGAGUAGGAUGAAGACUCGGAGCGGCCCGCAGGCCAAGAGAGCACGAGUGCAGGGAAACAGCGGCACACUGGACUCCUUCUUCAGAAAGACAUGACAGCAGUCCCAUCCUGCACUUUCAUUUGACCAGCUUUUUAUAUGAUCGGGUUUUGAUGAGAAAUAUUUGUGCCUUUCAAAUUUUACCAUUACCCUUC